AUUUGGAAAAGGAAGCUCUCUGGGGACUUUUCCACAGCAGAAUCUGGCCAAACGAGUAAGUAAAACUGAAAGAGGAGACUUCUCCACUCGCUGAGCAAACCCUCUACUCUUAGUCAAACCCUGUUGACAUGCUAAGAGCCUUUUGCUUCUUGGAACCCUAAGCUGGGCUCUCCCUGGAAGAGUGAGCUUGAAUCCAGCGCCACCUAACCCAGAUCAUCUCUAUAAACAAGGCUUCCAGACAGCUGUCUCGGCAGUUCCAGCUCCAGACCCUCCACAGCUAUGAACCUGCGUCUUUCAUGCUUACUGUUCAUCCUGGUGACAUCAUUGCCUGCAGGUCGCUGUUCGAUCGGGAAUAAGGGCAUAUCCUUUGAGACGUGCACCGCAAUCGAAGGCUUGUGUUUCUUUGGUUGUAAGUUAGGGUGGGUAUGGAUUGCCUACUGUAACAACAUAAUGUCCUGUUGUAGAAAGGAUACCGAUUUUGUACUUCCUCAAACCAAAGGUAUAUGACCUAGCCUCACAGCUCCAGUUAAAAGGCCAUGUGAAUGAUUAAACACUCCCAAUCUGUCUGUGAGGCCCAAGAGCUCAAGAAAAAGUGGACGUGACGCAUAAGGGUGACGCUGGCCACGUGUCUGUUUACUGGCAAAAGCCCAGAUGGCAUUUUGUAAGAAGCUUUGCAAUAAAUGGCACCCCGUGGUCUUCCUUGUCUUAAA